UCCUAGGUAACGAGGAGUGUAAACUUGAGACUAGGCAGAACCAGCAUAUGAAUGACAACGAGCUGAGCCAAUCAGAGCAUGACUUUGCUUCAGCGUUCCCAGGCCAUCCAAUUAGAACUGAAAGCCUUGAAAGGCUGGGACAGCAGUGGAAGACAGGUAAGAGGGAGACACAGGACCAUGGGAGGAGAUUAGAGUCCCCAGGUGCAGGAGUCCCGGGGUUUCGCCUUGAAGCAGCCUGUGGCUACAGACUAGCAUUUCAGAUGGCAGGGACAGCACGCCAUGACCGGGAGAUGGCAAUCCAAUCCAAGAAAAAGCUCUCCACAGCCACGGAUCCUAUUGAAAGACUGAGGUUGCAGUGCCUGGCCAGGGGUUCUGCAGGCAUCAAAGGACUUAGCAGAGUGUUUCGGAUUAUGGAUGACAAUAACAACCGAACCCUUGAUUUCAAAGAAUUUUUGAAAGGCUUAAAUGAUUACGCUGUGGUCAUGGAAAAAGAGGAGGCAGAAGAACUUUUCCGAAGAUUCGAUAGAGAUGGCAGUGGAACAAUAGACUUCAAUGAGUUUCUUCUCACAUUGAGGCCCCCAAUGUCCAGAGCCAGAAAAGAGGUGAUCAUGAAAGCUUUUAGAAAGUUAGACAAAACUGGAGAUGGGGUUAUAACCAUCGAAGACCUUCGUGAAGUUUAUAACGCUAAACAUCAUCCAAAGUAUCAAAAUGGGGAAUGGACGGAGGAACAAGUCUUCAGGAAAUUUCUGGAUAACUUUGACUCACCCUAUGAUAAAGAUGGAUUGGUGACCCCCGAGGAAUUCAUGAACUACUAUGCAGGUGUAAGUGCAUCCAUUGACACUGAUGUGUACUUCAUCAUCAUGAUGACAACGGCUUGGAAGCUCUAAAGACCUGUCCCUGGAAACCAGGCCAUGCAUGCAUGCAGUCACGUGACUCCAAGUGAUUACGCUCCACCCCCCCAAACUCAGAAUGCUCUAUAAUUCACUGUUAUAAUUCACAGACUCUUCUUUGCCAACACACUGUAUUUUCUAGGCUGAUAAGAGGGCAGAAAUAAAGUCACUAAGUAAUUAACUAUGA